UUGCUAUGCUUGAUCGCGUGACUUUUAGACCACAACAACAGUCUACGACUUGUUUUUCUCGCCACAUUCAAUCGUUCGCAUUAGAUUUUGACCACCUUCAAAGAUGGCUUCCAUCACAAUGGCAGCGAUGUUCACAAAUUUGAAAUCGGUUUUCCAGAAACAAACUGGAACAGUUCGAAACGUCGUGACAGUGUUACUCGUGUUUGGAAUGCAAGCGAUCGUAUCGAGCGAAGAUCUCUUCAAAUGCCCUAUAAAAGACCACGCUUCGUACGGUUGGAUGUUUAUCAUCGCUCCAGGAAUAAUACUUUUCCUUAUCGCUCUGUUUUUGAACGAUGGCUUCUGGAAAAUUGCGACAGGAUGUUGUUAUCAAGGCAAUCGAAGGAGAAUAAGCGCAAGGAGGCGAUACUGUCCUUGUUGUUUUCCAAAAUGGGGUUUCAGCAAGAAUCUCCUCGAGGUUUUGUUCUACAGUGCUGUAGCUUCAGCGAUAUGGAUCUUUUGGUCGUUCCUAGAGCGAAAAUAUUAUACCUGUGCGAAAGCUGGGAACAAAGAAGCGAGACUUUUUAACAAAACUAUCGAAGAAAAGAAGAGAAUUGAGCUUGAGUUUUCGAAGGCCAGCGACGAAUCGCAAAUCAUUGCGUUCUCACUUCUGGCCAUCAUGCUUGGUGUCCCAUUUAUCGUUUUAACCACGUACAGAUGCUGUUGCCAGCGCCCUAUUUCAUCCCUUCCAAGCCCUUACGAGUACUUAAAACUAGAAGCCAAGUCAGCAGUAGAAACUUUCACUUCUAAAAUGGAAGGGCUCGCUAAAGAUCAAGGCAAACGCAAAGCAGAAAUGUACUUUUCUGAACAAAUCCAGAGCGACAAGACCCCUACAGCUAUUUUGAUUCAAGCUUACGAUGACCUCACGAAGGUCGAAUCUUACGCUCAAGUAUUUCCAGCUCUCGAUGAAUACAAAGAAAUGGAGGCCAAAGCUGCUGUUUCUGCCUUCAAGACCCAAGUUGAAGGUGCUGGUAAAGAUAAGGUGGCUUUGACAUUUGUGGAUAAGACUCUGGGUGAAUACGAAAAGAAGAACCCUUUUCGCGUGGUUGAAAAUGUUUACGAGUCCAUUGUAGAGCGUUAUCCUCGUUCUACUGGCGACCGAAGUCAACCUUAUGUGAAAAUGGAAGAACAGCUUAAUGAAAAACAAGUCCGACAUGAUGCGUUCGCGAUUCAAAUGACUUGAUGAAUUUGAACGCAAACACGUUUUCUAUUUUUUCGAACUUUCCUAAAAAGUUUGUUGAAGUUUUUUACGGCUGUUGCAUGUUUUUAACUAAAGUUUAAUAAAUAAUUCAUGCAUAUUUGUAAGGAAAUAAGUCAAGGUUUUUGUAAAAGCUCUUUUGAAGCAAAAGUUUGACAAAAUAUUAGUUUUUUUUCCAAGUUUUCAUUAUUAUUUUUUGUUUUGUAUUAGUUUUUAGGAAAAAGUUUUAUUACCUUAUUUAAAUCUAACUUUUCAUAUUUUAAGUUAAAAAAGUGAAUAUUGGGAGACUAGACUAGAUUUCAUAGCUUGCUGCUUGCCUGAAAUAUAAUGGACUUCAAUAGCUGAUCCAUGCAACCUGGACCAUACUCUUUCACAGUACCUGCUCAAUUUAACAAAUUGACAUCAGAUUUUUAUGUGUCUGUCCUCUUAUUGACAAUAAAUUUUGCCAUCACAUUGUCAAAGUAGUAUGCGGAUCCACUCAGCUACGCCUCGUGGAUCCACACUACUUUGACAAUGUGAUGACACAAUUUAUUGUCAAUAAGAGGACAGACACCUAAAAAACUGAUGUCUAUUUGUUUUUUACAAUAACAACAACGAUAACAACUUCUAAUUUUUAAUGAUCAAAACAACCAACGGAAAUAACGCGCACUCGUUGACGUCAGCUUUAUUUGUCUGUCCUCUUAUUGAUGAUAAAAAAAACAAUCAGUGCGUGAAAAAUUUGUAAGUUAUUGUAAAAAGAAUUUUCGCAAAACAUGAGGGGCACUAGAAACGAGGGUGCAACCAAACCAGGUCAUAAGCAGCAUAUGCUAAAAUGACUGUAGUUAUCUUUCUACUGAGUGUAUAUUGUUUUGGAAAUAAAGUUUUAACGUUUA